AUGCCAAGAAAUGGUCCUGAAUACAGGGAAGGAGUAAAUAAUUUCAUACAAUCUUCACUUAAUACUUCAGCCUUUAAUGGGAGGAUUAAAUAUCCAUGUAAGAGAUGUGCUGUCACUGUGUAUCUUGAUCGUAAAGAUGUUCGUGAGCAUUUAUUUUGUGUGGGUUUUGAUAAAAAUUAUGCUAAUAGUAUUUGGGUAUUUCAUGGGGAAGAACCUUCGCCAUCUAGAGUAGACGAUGAAGUUUUAAGUGAUGAGGAGUCUAAUGAUGGGCCGGUGAUGAUUUAUGACUUUCCACAAGCUGGUGAGGGAGAGACGAAUUUAGAAGUUCAAAAGUUUCACCAGCUUGUGCAAGAUGCUAAAACAAAAUUAUAUCCUGGUUGUGAUAAAUUCACAAAUUUGUCAUUCAUUCUCCGACUUCAUCAAAUGAAAUGUUUGUAUCGGUGGAGUGAUACAUCACUCAAUCAUAUGCUGCAAUUAUUAAAUGAUGUUCUUCCUAAUGGAUCAAACUUGCCAAAAAAUUUAUACCAAAUGAAGAAGAUCAUGGCUGAUUUAGGUUUAGGAUAUACUAAAAUUGAUGCAUGUCCUAAUGAUUGCAUGUUAUACUGGAAAGAGAAAGUUAAUGAUGAAAAAUGCAAUGUAUGUGAUGUAUCAAGAUGGAAAGAUCCACUAAUUGGAAAGAAAAGUGGUCCAGCAAAGGUGCUUCGACAUUUUCCACUAAUCCCACGUUUAAAACGUCUUUUUAUGUCACGUAAAACAUCUAAAUUAAUGAGAUGGCAUAAAAAGGGACAUAGUAAAGAUGGGAAACAAAGGCACCCUUCUGAUUCCUUAGCUUGGAAGAAUUUAGAUGAAAAAUAUCCAGAGUUUGCUCGAGAUGCUAGAAAUCUUAGACUUGGUUUGGCUAGUGAUGGUUUCAAUCCAUUUAGUAAUAUGAGCACUAAUCAUAGUACUUGCCCUGUUGUGCUUAUGGUGUAUAAUUUGCCACCUUGGUUAUGCAUGAAAGAUUCAUAUUUUAUAAUGUCUCUCCUUAUUUCUGGUCCUAAGGAUCCUGGUAACGACAUUGAUGUUUAUUUACAACCUCUAAUUGAUGAGCUAAUGGAAUUAUGGAAUGGUGUAGAGACUUAUGAUGCAUUAACCAAUGAUACUUUCAUAUUGCGUGCUGCUUUGUUGUGGACAAUAAAUGAUUUUCCUGCCUAUGGUAAUCUCUCGGGGUGGAAAACAAAAGGUUACUUGGCUUGUCCUCAUUGUAAUGUUGAUACAUGUUCUCAUUAUCUGAAAAAAAAGUAA